AUGCUACAACAACGGAUAGCGGGCCUCGGCCGGCGCCCGCUCUCAUCGCCACGACCGCACAUCGUCACCUCCCGGUGUACUUUCGCCGCAUCCCGCCGAACCCUCUCUACAGCGGCAACGCCCUCAUCCUCGCGCCUCCUCCGAACCCACCUCGCGGCGCGCCAGCCCCGACCAUCGACCCUCCAAACCCGCUCCGCCAGCCGCCGCAGUGCCUUCCAGCCGCUCGCGCCCCCCUCGCCCUCCUCGCUCGGCGCCCCGCAGGCCGCGCGCACCUACACCCGCUCCCGUCGCCUCUUCCGCCGCCUCUUCCUCCUUUCCGCGACGGCCGGCGCCCUCUACGCCCUCGACAGCUACUUCUACGCCGCCGGCGUGACGCGCUCAGCGCGGACAUUUGGCACCGGCCUCCUCGUCGCUCUCGACUACAAGCUCAACUUUCGCCCGGACCCCUGGGUCGGCGACUCGGUGACCGAUGUUCACCACCGCAAUGCCGAGCGCCUCUUCGAGCUCCUCCGCGCCAACGGCGGCCUCUACCUCAAGAUCGGCCAGGCCAUCGCCAUGCAGUCCGCUGUGCUGCCGCCCGAAUUCCAGAAAAUGUUCGCGCGCAUGUUCGACGAUGCGCCGCAAAACUCGUGGGCCGACGUCGAGCGCGUCGUGCGCGAGGACUUUGGCGGCCGCAGCGUUGAGGACGUGUUUGGCGUCAGCUUCGCGCCGGGCGCUGCGCAGGGCAACGGCAGCGGCAAUGGCAUAAUGGAGAGGCGCGCGCGCGCCAGUGCCAGCGUUGCCCAGGUGCACUGGGCGCGGCUGGCCGACGGCCGCGAGGUCGCCAUCAAGAUCCAGAAGCGGGAGAUUGCGAGCCAGAUCGCCUGGGACCUGUGGGCGUUCAAGACGGUCUCGUGGAUCUACAGCAAGUGGUUCGACCUGCCACUGUACAGCCUCGUGCCCUUUAUCACCGAGCGGCUCGAGCUCGAGACGGAUUUCGAGAAUGAGGCACGCAACUCCGAGACCAUGCGCAAGCUCGUCGAGAGCGAGAAGAGACUGCGCGGCCGUGUCUACGUCCCCGUCGUCUAUCCCGAGCUGUCUUCAAGACGCGUCAUGACGACCGAGUGGAUCGAGGGCGUCAGGCUGUGGGACAAAGAGGGCAUCACGGGCACCUGGCGUGGUGGAUAUGGCAAGGGCUCGCCCGGCGUCAACGGCGCCCAGCUUCCGCCGCCGACCCAGAAAGACCUCGCGCGCCGUCAGGUCCGAGGCCAGGGCUAUAACGAGCAGCUGAAGCCGGAGCGCCUCGAGUGGAAGGGCCCGCGGGGUAAGGGUGGCCUCGGCGUCUCGACCAAGGAUGUCAUGACGACCAUGAUUGACCUCUUCUCCGCACAAAUCUUCAAAUGGGGUGUCGUACACUGUGACCCGCACCCCGGUAACAUCUUCAUUCGACGCAAGCCCAAUGGCCGCGCUGAACUGGUGCUCAUCGACCACGGCCUCUACGUGUACAUGGACCCCAAGUUCCGUCAGCAGUAUGGCCAAUUCUGGAAAGCGCUCCUGACUUUCGACAACGCGACCAUCAGCCGGGUGACGGAAGACUGGGGUAUCAAGGCGGCUGAUAUCUUUGCCAGCGCCACGCUGCUGCGUCCCUAUGAAGGUGGUGACCAGCGGACUCGCAGCGGUCUCAUGAAGGGUUUGGAGGGGGCGACGCCGGCCGAGCGCCAUUACGAGAUGCAGAGGAGGAUGAAGCAGGGAGUGCGUGAGAUCUUGGGCGAUGGUGACAAGCUACCCAAGGAGCUCAUGUUCAUCGGACGCAACAUGCGCAUCGUCCAGGGCAACAAUCAACAUUUGGGGUCCCCGGUGAAUCGCAUCAAGAUGAUGGGCGAGUGGGCGAGUCGCAGCAUGUUCGAGGACAAGAGGCUUCCCCUCGGACAGCGAUUCAACAACGCCUGGCGCCAUGUUCUGUUCAAAAUGGUCAUGGCGACAACAGAUGUCGCCUUUUACUUCUUCAAGUUACGUCAGUGGCUAGGUCGUGGCGGUGGCAUGGAGGAUGAGAUGGAGAAGAGGAUGAAAGACAUUGCCCAGGACAUGGGCAUCGAGCUUCAGCACGAGGUGUUUGAUGGAUAG